AUGCCAUUUGGUAGAAGUGUCUUGUUUAUUUCGUCUUGCUUAAAAGGUCUGAUAAAAAUAUGGGGAACGUUCCCAGUAAAAUCAACUUACAUUAUCUCGGGAAAUUGGAAGAAAGGAAGAGUAGUGUUAGGACUUCGUAAUUUCCAUGUAACAAAUUUAUAUGAAUUAUUACAAAAAUCUCUUUAUGAACAUAAUUAUUGUCGUGCUAGUGAAAUUCUUGAAGUUUUAUUACAAUGUCCCGAUUGUGAUCUAUCUAGAAUUUGGCAGCCGGCCAUUAAGGUGUUAUUCACUUUAGAUCCUACAUCAACAACUUUUAUUGAAUUCUUUAAUAUAUUAUUAUUAAAAAAUCAUGCUUUGAGUGCAAAAUUCAUAUUGGAUAAACAAAGAAUUAUAAUGGAAUUAGUUUUUUAUCAAAUGAAAUAUGGAAACGCCACUGAUGCUCUCGCUACUGCCGAAACGUAUUUACCAAUGGAACCAUAUUGUAAUAAUCCAGUUCUGCAUGGGUAUACAGGAUUACUUGCAUAUUCAUUAUGGGAACAAUUGAAUACUAUGAUUAAAGAAAAUGAACCUAAGCCUGAAAUCUAUAAGCCACCAAAGCGUAAAAAUUCUUCAAAAAAGCAUAUACCACCACGAGAAAAAUUAAAACGAAAUAGAAAUGAUUAUAAAGAAGAAAUAGAAAUUCCUGAGAUUGAUGAACAAUUUAUGGAUCGACGAAAACGUUAUUAUGAAAUGAGUUUAAGCAAUUUUAAGAGAUCUCUGGAUCUGGAUAUGUCGAAUGAUAUGUUUUUAAUUUAUUCUGUUAAGUUACUUUUGCAUAAUGAAGAAAUCGAAGAAGCUAUUACAGUCAUACAAAAUUUCUGCGAUAACAACCCAUCAGUCUUGACAGGACACAGGCUUUUAUUUGAAGUCUUGCACACAUAUAAAAGCUUUGAUUCGAAAUGGGUUGAAGUAGGACAAGCAUAUCAUCGGAUUGACCCAGUUAGUCCACCUGAAAAAGUGCUUAAUCCAUUAAUCGAACAUUACACGCAAGUAAUAAAAAAUACAAUUGAGGAAGAACGCGAGAUUUUAGUUGAUGCAUAUUAUAAUAUAUGUGAAUUACUGUUUCAGCGUAUUGAACAUGGAGACGACAAUCCUAAUUAUUUAUAUAAAACAAUAGAAAGUUUUGUAUGGUUAGAAUAUUUUGAUAAUCGACAAAAAGUUAAAGUUAAGGAGUUAUUACAAAAUAGAGGAGAAUGGUUUAGAGAAUAUUUAUUUUAUACACAAAGAAAGGUGGUUAAUUCAUUGUGGGAACAUCAAUGUUAUAAAAUAUUAAGUGCUUGUUUAAGUUAUAACGAACCUAUGGGUGGUAAAUUGGGUAAGUUAGCUGAAAAAGUCAGAGAAUAUAUUUUGGCUGGUAACUAUUUUCGUUAUGAGCGCGCAUUUUAUAAUUUUGUGAGGCAAAGUAAAAAACAUAACGGUAUAAAUGCUUCAAGAUUAAGUGAUUUGGACUCGGAUAAUUCGGAUGAUAAUGUUGAACAUUAUGGGUGGUGGGAAGAAAUGAUAGGUACGUAUCAAACGCACGAUACUUAA